AUGAGAUGCACAGGAUCUUCAACACCUAGGAGACAAGGUUACACCAUUACCCUCAUCACUAUCCAAACUCCAGUGACUCGCAUUCAACCUCACCAUGCACCUAGGCAAAAAGGUCACAACGCCAUCACAUACAUCACUAUCCAAACUGCUCGAGCACGCAUUCAACAUCACGAUGGUGAUGAUAUUAUGAGAAGCACAGGAUCUUCAGCACCUAGGAGACAAGGUUACGCCAUUACCCACAUCACUAUCCAAACUCCUGUAGCUCAAAUUCAUCUUCAUACUGACGCCGGCAAACACUAUUUCGCCACUCCUACUCCAUUCGCCGCCUCCUCACAUAUCUCCUCUGCCUCCUCCUUUCACCUUCCUCCUUCCACCACAGAACACCAACUCGGGAGGGAGAGCACCACGCCACUGCCACCAACUGCCGCAAAAACAAAGUAA